GAGUCAAAGCGGUACACGGUUGUGGUAGAGAGGGAACAGGCGUUGUUGAAAGGGAGAGGAAGCUGAAACGGCAGUUGGUACGCAAGCUAUUGCUUUUUAACGUUGCUUGCAUCCAUUGCUAUUUCCUAAUGGCAACGGAGGAUAAAAGGAAAUCUGUGCCGCAGGCUGAAUCAGAAGUCGGUUCGUUACCGACACCUCAUGGCUACAAUAACAAUAAUAACAACAACAACAAUAAUAACAAAGAUAGCGAGGGAAGCGAGAAUACGACCACGGCCACUUCGAGCGCUACCGCAUCGAGCGGGACAGGAACUCAUAGCAUCGGGAACGGAUCUGGAGUCAACCCUACAGUGGGAAAUAACGGGAAAUGGGUCCGGUUGAACGUCGGCGGCACAGUAUUCCUCACAACGCGACAUACCCUACUCAAAGAACAAACGUCCUUUCUCUAUCGGCUCUGUCAACACCAGGACUUACAUUCGGACACGGACGAGACAGGGGCCUAUGUGAUAGACAGAGACCCCACCUACUUCGGCCCCAUCCUUAACUACCUGCGACACGGCAAACUGGUCUACAACAAGGAGCUGGCUGAAGAAGGUGUGUUAGAGGAGGCUGAGUUCUACAACAUCACUCCUCUGAUAAAACUGAUCAAGGAGAGGAUCCUGGAGCGGGACUGUAAAGUCACACAGCAGGUGCCUCCUAAACAUGUGUACCGGGUGCUGCAGUGCCAGGAGGAGGAGCUGACCCAGAUGGUUUCCACCAUGUCAGACGGCUGGAAGUUUGAGCAGGUCAGCGUGCGCACCUGCAGAAAGCCCCGCACCGGACUGCUCUGGACUAUGGUAAACAUUGGUUCGUCGUAUAGCUAUGGGACAGAGGACCAGGCAGAGUUUCUGUGUGUGGUGUCCAAGGAGCUACACACACCUGGCUCAGGCCUGGGCACCGAACAGAGCCACAAGACCAAGGCUUCAGAGGUGCAGCAGGAGAAAGGAGCGCAGGAUGAGGUGGAGGGAAGAGAGAGAAAUACCACCCCGAAUGAGUGGAUAAGGGAAUGACAGUCUUGUGUCAGUGUUCCAAAGACGUGAAUGGCUUUUUCAGAUCCAUGGAUCCCGGAUGUACUAGAGAGAAUUGUACUGUUUUAGCUUGACAUUUCAUUUUGUGUGUGUUGACACAUGUUUUAACAUUGUUGUUGCUUCUGGAGAAAAAAAUCCAGAAGUGCUCAAACAUUAUUUUCAAAGAUUAUCGAAGUGUCCCUCUCACCAGCAGCGAGACACCAGCAUUUCAAAGUGUGUAGAGAUGUGUAAAAAUAAAAAAAUAUUUAUUUGUAAUUUUUAUUAUCAUCUAUAAUUUUUUAAAUGUAUUUUAGUUCCAGUCACUUAAGCCAUGGAAGUUAGUGAAUCUUAGUAAAAUAGAUUUGACCAAAGACAAUAAUUAAAAGCACUGCAAAUCAAUGUGCUCAUCCAAAUGUGAAAAAUGGUAUGAAAUAUGUGGAAUCUGACUCAUAAGUAAAUUGUUGUUGUUUGCAGUAGUUCUGACUUGUCUGAUGCUUGAUACAGUAGUGAGACCUGAGCCUGAGCCAGUGAUGUGGCAAUGUCCUGUCUCUGAUACUGCUCUGCUGCAGUAGAGAUUGACAGUGAGACUCACACAGAAAGACAGACAGAUGUCAACUAACUGGCCACAGUCAGCACCACAAAAAAACUCUUCUCCCUUACACACACUCCCUUACACUCUCUCACAGACACACGCACACACACAGUCUUGUAUAAUUAACUUUGUUCGGACACACAAUUCAGUCCCAUUCAAAAUCCUAUUUUUCCUAACCUUAAGUAUAGUUAAACAUGUCCACACACACACACACACACACACACGCACACGCACACGCACACACACACACACACACACACACACACACACACACACACACACACACACACACACACACACACACACACACACACACACACACACACACACACACACAUCUUUCACUCACUCACUCACUCACUCACUCACACAUACCCAUAGCAGUGCUUCCUGUCGGGACAUGUGUGUUCCCUGAGGCAUGUGCAUGCUCAGCAGAGCAGAGCUCUCAGCCUGUUGCCCUGGCCUGGCUCCAGUGUGACUCUAGGCACUGGCAGGAUAAAGAAGAGAAAGGUGCUGAAAGAGGUCUGCGUCUGAAGUGGCACCUUAUUCCCUACAUAGUGCACUACUCUGGUCAAGAGUACUGCACUAUAUAUGGAAUAGGGUGCCAUUUUGGAUGCAUCCCUGUUCUCUGCUCAUGUUGUAAUGACAGGCCCUUGCACCUCGAGGCCAGGAUGUUGUCAUUACACUUUUAGCUAGGACUAUGGCACAAAUAUUGUUAAAGAAUUUCAUUUUUUUUGUAUGUAUUUCACUGUAAAUGAGUAGAAAGGAGAUAAGAUAAGACCUUGUCAAAUGCAUCAUGCACUUAGAACAGAAAAUUGUUGCAACUGAAUUAUUAGAAGCUUUUGGCACUGGCCAUUAUCACCUCCGAGCCCCUGCAGCCCAAUACUGUCACUGUCAGUAGAGACAGCCUGUCUCUGCAACCUUCAAAUACUGCAAAUAUACUCAUUCUUGUCUCUGCUUGUCAACAUACCCACAGAUCACCAUUUGAGUUGAUUUCAGUUAAAAGCUUUCAUGGAGGCAAUAUUGCGUUUUUGUGCAUGUGCAUUGUGAAUAUAAUGUUUGGCUUUGGUCAUCAAAAAAAAGAGCAUAGCAUAUGGAUUAAGAUCACUUAAUUGGUCAAUUGCACAUAAGGUCCAACCAAAAUUUGACAUCUGCUUUUAACCCAACUUAUCCAAAGCAUACAUAUCCAGGUUUUUUUAGAGCAGUGUGUGGGCACUUCCAAACUGUGUGCUGUUGUUGUGGGGGGUUAGGUGCCUUGCUCAAAGGCAGGCAGUGGCAUCUAGGAUUUGAUACCAGCAACCCUCAUGUUGCCAGCUCACUUCGCACAAGAUUUUUACCGUCAGACACACUUCAAGUUGCUGGCUCGCCUCCCUAACUGCUAGGAUACCUCUCUAACCGCGAGACUUGGGUGCCUUGAUUUCAAGCAAAAACAACACAAUAUAGGCAUGUACAAAGUCUCUGGGAAAAUUAGUUUGAGUCGGUCAAUGGACUGCAAAAUUACUAUACUACAUUUCUUUUGUACAUGUGUUUUGGUUAUUUAUUUUCAUGACAUGUUAAUUGCAUGUUUUUUUCAGAAUCAUGAUUACUGCUGUAAAAUAUUUUUUACAACCAAGCUUUUCUUGUAUUUCUCCCGUUUUUAAGUGUCAUUGUUGAAAAAAAUGUAUUCCAUGCCUAGCCAUGUGCCUGGCAUUGACCUCAUGUUUUGGUGGUUUGUAGUUUGUAGCCUUAGCUCAAACUGUUUGUGCUUUUCCAAGACAUCAGAACUUGAGCUGAAAACCUGGUAUUCCUCAGCAUGUUUAAAAAAAUAAAUAAAAAGUUCUACUCAUC